CUUCUUCUUCAGUUCUUCUUCAAAAGAAUUUGUAUGUUGUGAUAUAGAGAGAAUAAUAAUGGCAGAAACUGAGAUUCCUGAAUAUUUUCUUUGCCCAAUUUCCCUUGAGAUGAUGAAGGAGCCUGUGACUGCGGUAACAGGCAUCACAUACGAAAGAGAAAGCAUUGAGCAAUGGCUGCGGAAGGCGAAAGAGUGCGUUUGCCCCGUGACGAAGCAGCCAUUGCCGCGAAGCUCACAAUAUUUGACCCCAAAUCACACUUUAAGGAGACUGAUUCAGGCAUGGAGUGAAGCCACUAAUAAUGCAGCUAGAGGCCACGGUGCUGAUCAUCAACAGAUUCCAAAUCCGCAGUUGGAGAAGGUGCAAGUUGAGAAGCUAGUGAAGGAUCUUAAGGUUCCUCAUAGGAAUCAAAGAGCGCUGAAGAAGUUGCAUGGUUUUGCCAUGGAAAGUGAGAGGACUAGAACUUGCAUGGCUGAAGCUGGUGUUGCUAAUGCCAUGGUUAUCUUCAUUAACCAGCGUUUCCAACAAGGUAAGACAAUGUGCCUAGAAGAAGCUCUAAGAAUUCUUCAUCUUACUUGGAAUAUACCAUCAAGGACCAACAUGAAGGCUCUUGUUGGAGAAAACUUGGACUUCAUCAACUCUUUGACUUGGAUUUUGCACCUUAACGUGCACAACAACAACGGUAAGAUAGUAAACGAAGCAAUGCCUUUAUUGAAGUUGACAAUUCAAAACACAAAUUCAACCAUCUUAGGGAACUUGAACUUCCAAUUCUUCAAGGAAAUGGUGAGAGUAUUGGGAAAAAGAACAAUAUCUCAACAAGCCCUAAAAUCCACCUUGCAAAUCCUCAUAGAAACAUGCCCUUUGGGCAGGAAUCGAAAGAGCAUUGUCGAGUCGGGUGCAGUUUCAAACCUAAUCGAACUUGAACUUGAAAAACCGGAGAAAAACAUCUCCGAACAUAUAUUCAACCUUCUAGCACAUCUAUGUUCAUGUGCUGAAGGUAGAGAAAUGUUUCUUAAACAUGCCGCGGCAAUAGCAAUGGUUUCUAAGAGGAUUCUUAGGGUUUCUUCCGCGACGGACGACCGGGCGAUCCAUAUUUUAUCGGUGAUCGGAAAAUAUUCGGGAUCAAGUGAGGUUGUUCUUGAGAUGCUUAGGGUUGGUGCAGUGUCCAAGCUUUGCAUGGUGAUUCAAGCAGAUUGUGCAUCUUAUUUGAAAGAGAAAGCAAGGGGUAUACUUAGGUUGCAUUCCAAAGUUUGGAGUGAUUCACCUUGCAUACAACUCUACUUAUUAACUAGGUACCAAAGAUAGCUAUUAUUGAUUCAUUCAAUAAUUAGUAUUAUUACUAUUUUUUUUACCAAAAAU